AAUAAGCAUGGAAUCCAUGCUAGUUUGUUGUUGUUGUGCUCGCCGGCCUUAGCCUCGGUCCGACACAGGAAGUAGGGACGAUCAGUUAUGUUGUAAACAGAAACAUGUCAGAUCUGCUGCUGAAAGAGAUGGACGAAGUGUCGCUUUGUCACCCAGGAAAGGAAGACGAAGAGAAGGGCGACAGCCGGAGUUUCCUUUUGGUGGACGAACAUGAAAAUCUGCAGGUCCGCGACGAGGCACAGUUCCUGGAGAGGCUGGGCUGCCGGGACGUCCCGAGCGUGAAGGUGCUGGCCAUCUUUGGCAACACGGGCGACGGCAAGUCGCACACCCUGAACCACGUGCUCUUCGGCGGGGAGGAGGUGUUCCCCACCUCGGCCCUGCAGGACUCCUGCACGGUGGGGGUGUGGGCGGCCUUCGACCCAGGCCUGCGCCUAGUGGCGCUGGACACGGAGGGCCUCCUGGGGGCCGCCGCCAACCAGAACCAGCGCAUGCGCCUACUGCUGAAGGUUCUGGCGGUGUCGGACGUGGUGGUGUACCGCACGCGGGCCGAGCGGCUGCACAACGACAUGUUCGAGUUCCUGGGCAGGGCCUCGGAGGCCUACCUGAAGUACUUCACCCCGGAGCUGCGGGCCCUCUCCAACCGCUGCGGCCUGGAGGUGCCCCUCUCCAGCCUGGGGCCCGCCGUCAUCGUGUUUCAGGAGACCUCCCGCACCAAGCUGCUGGGCCACGAGAGCGGUGUCUCGGGGCACGCUGACACCCUGCUGCAGAAACGCUUCCACGACCAGGGCCUGCGCACGGAAGCCUUCAGCUCGGUGCAGUACGUGGGCACCCAGACCGUCAGCCCCCCCACCGACUACUCCCUGCUCCUGGCAGCCGUGCGCCAGCAAGUGGGCAACACCGCCACCCGCUCGCCCCGCCAGCCCGCCAUCGUUUACAGCGCCCUGCAGGCCCUGAGUGAGAGGUUUUGUGGGGAGAUCUCCGAUGACAAGAUGAACUUGUACUCCUUCUUCCCUGACGAGUAUUUCACCUGCUCCUCUGUCUGUCUCAGCUGCAACAUACGCUGUAAAAACGGCAUGAACCAUCUGAAGGAUGGCGUCCCGCACGUGGCGGACGGACUAUGCCAGUAUGCACACCAGUACAACAACAAGGUUCUCAUCUGCAAGAGGUGCUAUGAGGGAGGCAGAGAGGUGAUUGUCGUCCCCAAGACCUCGGCUUCCACAGACAACCCCUGGCUGGGCCUGGCCAAGUACGCCUGGUCAGGGUAUGUGCUGGAGUGUGCUAGCUGUGGCAUCAUCUACCGCAGCCGGCAGUACUGGCUGGGGAACCAGGACCCCGAGAGCAGCGUGGUGAGGCCAGAGGUCAAGCACGUCUGGCAGGGGUCUGAGGCCUUCCUGACGGACCACCAGAACGCGGCCCAGCGGGUCCUGGACGGCAUGAACUUCGUGAUCCAGUCGGUGUCCGAGUACAGCUCCGGCCCCACCAAGGCCGUCACCGCCUGGAUCACGGACCAGGUGGCGCCGCCCUACUGGAGGCCGAACGCAGAGAUCACAGCGUGUCACGCCUGCAAGAGGCCCUUCGAGGAGGCGGAGAGGAAGCACCACUGUCGCUCGUGCGGGGAGGGCUUCUGCCAGGCCUGCUCCACCCGCAGUAUGCCCGUGCCCGAGAGGGGGUGGGGCAGCGCCCCCGUGAGGGUGUGCGAUGCCUGCCAUCGACAGGGAGGGGCUGCUGGCCCAAUUCCAGUGGCACAGGUAGAGCCUCGGGGGUUGAUGGCCCGGCGGGUGACGGAGGUGGCCCAGUCCACCCUGGAGAUGGUGACCACUGCUGUGGACUACCCACUAGGGUUCGUGAAGGGCGUUGCGCGACCCGAGUACUGGGUUCCGGACCACGAGAUCGUGCAGUGCCACCAGUGCAAGAAGGCCUUCACGCCCAAAAUGCCCAAGCACCACUGCCGGGCGUGCGGGGAGGGCGUGUGCAGCGGCUGCUCCACCCAGACCCGGCCCGUGCCCUCCCGCGGCUGGGACCACCCCGUGCGCGUCUGCGACGACUGCGCCGGCCGGAAGGGCAGCCUGUAACAGGGCCCCGCCUUCCCCGCGCCGACCCUCUCCCCUAUCUCUCCGCGCCGUCAUCUCCCUCUGUGCUGUAGCAAACUCCGGCUGUCUGCCGUUUAUAUGGGGCGUGGUCAUCUCGUUCAGAGACUCCUCCCACAGCAACUGACAGGAGCUGCCUCGGCGGGCCAGGGCGUGUGCAGAAUCGCUCGGCUGGGGUCCCGGCCGGGGCCAGCCUGCAAAAGCAGGAUUCAGCCCCCACUUUUCGAUGGCUGCGAUGGAGACCCGGCACAUAGCUUUACCCCAGAGGAAAGCAGGAAGGGAUGGCAAAGACGAGCCUCACAGAGCUUCCCUCUCCCCGUUGACAGAGAGGUUACAGCUACACCCGGUCCACUGUACACACUCAGUGCCCUUUGGAAUCUGCAUAAGGGAAAGCAUUCAGUGUAUACUAAGGAAGACGCGCUGCGGUUGGUUGCUGAUCUGAAUCUAGUUGUGACAACAGCACGCAUACAGAAGCCAUUGCAGCCACUGAUAUUCAGUUGCAGUUUGUUUUGGCUUAAAAACAUAAUGCCCAGGCGGGAAAAAAAAGGCUGUCUUGACCACGAUCAGUGACAGGCAAUAAUCCAGUUGACACAUAAUGUUUUAUGCUUCAUGUGACAUUGCCGCAACAUCAGUAAUGCCCCUGCAACGUCCUUACAACGUUGUGAGAAUGCUGCGUGUUGAUGAGGAUGCUCGCUGAUUGGCUUGAUUGCUCCCAUUGUAGCGCUUGCCGUGCGUUGCGGCUAAAGCUUUUGGAAGGCAGCCACUGAGACGCCAGGAUAGCAGGUGGAAGUUUAAGCCGCAACGGGGAAGAACUCACGCAAUGUCAGAUUGGAUUUAUAGGCAACAUGUAGGAUCUGUAGUCUUUAUAUUACGUUACAUUCACAGACGUAGACUGUUGGAAGAGGUGUAGUGUGAGCAGCGCAGGGUGUUGGGUUCAUGCAUUUGAGAUUCACACUUUGACCGGGGCCACCCUGACUCAACUGGACAUUCUGGUUUACACUUCACGCGUAGAUUCAGGUUCUGCCCUUCUCAGCGCACUGUUUCCCACUGACGUCUCUCAGCGGGAGGCUUUCCCUCUCAUCUACUGAUCCGAGCUCUCAUUUUUAACUUUUGUGGUGUAAUGUUUAAAUGAUGCAAUACUCCAUGGAGUCCAUGGCCAGAGUGAUUGAAAGCCAUUUUUUUAAUUUUAGAAAGAUCAUGUUCAUUGCUUGAAAUCAUAAUUAAAAGCACACAAUUCAGAAUUGAUAUUAACAAUUCUCGUACUAUUACUAUGCUUUCAUGGGCACUGUUGUUUUUAUAAUUUGUUUAGUUCAUUUCGGACUUUAAAUGGUUUUGAGAACCAGUUUUCUCAAAGCGCCUAAAAAGGGAACCAUUCCAGCUAUGGGCUCUCCCUUUUUUAUUUUUUUUUACAGUGUACUUCUAAAACUGGAUAUUAAAAUACUGGCUUUCUGUACAGAUAAAACAAAUGGAAUUGUUGUAUUAAAUACACACUAUAGAUAUGCAGCAUUAGACAAUCUUUUUAUUUUUUAUCAGGCUGUUUUUGGGA